GCCGCUGUCCAGACUGGACGUCCAGUCCGGCGGGGAGGACCGGGAGGACUCCCGGUGCGACCGCCGAACCGGGCUGACCUCAAACAUGCUGCUGCUGCUGGCUAUCGUGGUGCUGCUGACGAGCUACUGCGAGGUCGAGCCCGCCACCAAGUGGAUCAACUCGUUUGCGGGUCCGUGGGUCGCCACUUUGGGUCCACUCAAACAAUGCCCGGGAGGUAGGGAGGACGACGUAGUUCGGUUCAAUCUACUGAUCAGUCAAUUCCGACAUCCUUCGGUAGAUGCGCAAAAGAUGGUACAAAGACUCUCCGGGAAUGUUACAGUCGACCAACAGCUGAAUAACAAAGGCGCGGUAUGGUGGUAGAUCAAUGAAGUCAAUAUUGCGAGCUGCAACCAGAAGCAACAACCAGUGGAAGGAGAACGCAAUGGUUUUAAAGUUUGCUAUUGGAUGUUGCCAAUCACUGAUGGAGUACUUCCCCGACUUCACUAGAAACAUAUACAAGCUCGAACCGAAUGAAUACCAGAAAGGUGGAAAACCCUGUAUCAUUCCAAAGGGCAUCUACUACGCUGAUGAGGAGCCAGUAAAUUGGACCAUACCUAAGGUGCCGGUGCUACCUUACGGCUUAUGGCGGCUGCAAUUCUCUUUCGACUUGGGAACAGAAUCAAAUCCAAAGCGUAUUGGGUGCUUUAUAACGGAGGCCACAACGCACCCCAGGCUGUAGUCUGCUGCUGCGGCAGCUGCCUCACUUCCGCGGAACGCUCGUGUCGUAUAUAUUUUUGCCGUUAGUAUUAUAUAAUAUGUUCAUGCUUUUGUUAGUGUUCUUGUUUAAUGAUAAUGUAUACAAGCCAAUAGGCGUGUAUACCCUAUAGGAUUGUGCAGCGGCAGAAUAUCUGUAAUUUUGUUUCAGACGAAAGGUUGGAAAAUAUAUUCUUGGUCCCGCUCGGAA